UUUUGGUUGGCCAAAGAAACCGUGGGCAAAAUUGAAAAACUAUAGCUAGUGGUGCUUCAAUUGUUGUUUGAAGCAAACCAAAUUCGCGCAUCUCUGGGAAAUCAAAAAACACUGAAUCAUCAAAGGCAUGUCAUGGGGAUGUCUGAGGAGGCCGUCCGCCAGACACGGAGCCAGAAGAGGGCGCUGGAGAGGGAGGCGGCUCCACAUUCUGCAGAACCUCCGGAAUCAGAAAAUGACAGCAAAAAGCCUAGACUGGACUCUUCCGGAACCACAGUACAGGAACAGUCUAAACUAAAACCCGACUCUGUGCUGCCACAGGAUGGUCAGACGAGGACUAGCACCAAACUGGAGAAUGAGGAGGAGCAGAACCAGCUGCCGUUACCUUUAGUGUUACCAUCGAAAGAUGAUCAGGAGGGACAGAAAACAGCCGAACCAAGCACAGACAAUCGGAUCGACUGCAAUGAUCGCAGCGGCCGGGUGAGGCCGGAGACAACAAUAGACACGAGGAGUCGCACCCGACUGUCAGAACCAAAGGCGUCCAGUGGUAUCCUGGCUGCAGGAGAGGUGAAGGCCACCAUUAAAGUGGAAGUUCAGACAGGAGAGCAGCCGGUGGACAUGAGCACAUCCAGAGGCAUAAAAAGAGAGAAGCGCCCUCCAACCCCAGAGGAUGAUGAUGAUGUCAUCAUCCUGUCAGAUAAUGACUCCCCGAGUCCUCCCAUGAAUGGACUGAGCCACUUUAAGGAGCUGGACACGGACCUCCUCAUGAAGAAGAGCCCUGUGGAGAGAGAACAAAUCAUUAAGCAGCUAAAACUCAGACAGAGCCAGAUACAGAGGGAUAAUCUCCAGAAGCCGUCAGGUCUGUCCAGCUCCUCUGCACCUCCUCCUCUUAUUCGUGGAACUAUUGCAAGCAAUAAAGGAUCUCAGAUUUUGACAGGUAGAAGUUCAGGCACAGUCAUCCCUCCGCCACUGGUCAGAGGAGGACAGCAGCUCUCAUCCAAACAUGGCUCUCAGAUCAUCAUGCCACCUUUGGUCGGAGGCGCAACACAGAUCCAGGCUCUGCGUCAACAGCAGCAGCAGCAGUUGGCAGCUGCUACUGGAGGCUCAAGUUCAGGGCCACCUCCUCUCAUCUUAGGCCCCAGGACCUCAGCCUCCUCAGCCCAGGGUCAGAGGGCCAUCAUCCAGGCCGGCCUCAUCAGGGUUGGAAACAGUGCUAACAUGCUGGCCUCAGCUUCCGGCUUGAAGGGCUCCUCCUCAGGGAGUAGCGGUUUGUCUGGAGUUAGCAUAAAUGACUCCCCUGCCAGUCGCCAAGCUGCAGCUAAACUUGCCCUGCGAAAACAGCUGGAGAAGACCCUCCUAGAGAUUCCCCCACCAAAACCCCCUGCUCCCGAGUUCAACUUUUUGCCCUCUGCUGCCAAUAAUGAGUUUAUUUACCUGGUAGGACUGGAGGAAGUUGUACAGAAUCUGCUGGAUACCAUUCACAGAGGAAAGACAGCUGUAGCAUCUGUCACCAGAGAGCCCUUCAUCUGUACUCAAUGCAAGACUGACUUCACCUGCCGCUGGAGGCAGGACAAAACUAAAGGCGGAGCAGUGCUCUGUGAAGAUUGCAUGUCCUCCAAUCAAAAGAAGGCUCUGAAGGCCGAGCACACCAGCAGGCUGAAAGCUGCGUUCGUCAAAGCGCUGCAGCAAGAGCAGGAAAUCGAGCAGCGGAUCAUUCAGCAGGCCUCCUCACCCAUCUCCCACAGCAGCUCCUCUUCAUCAGCCUCUUCAUCCAUCAAAGCAGAGCAGCUGGUGUCUCAGCAUCUGAAGCAGGCUCAGGCGAGAGCAUCCUCACUCCAGCACCACCACCAGGUUGGCCGAGCAGCCAACAUCCUUCACCAUCAGUCCAUCAAGCAGAGUUCCCAGGGCCAGCUGUCCCAUGGUGGCUCCUCACUGGGGGUGAGGGGUGUCCCCCACUCCUUCUCCUCCUCCUCCCAGCUGCAGAGCGCAGUGGCGGCCGCAGCCUUGGUCAGCCGGCCAGGUAAGCACGCCCAUGUUUCCCCACAUUCUGUCCAGAGUUCAAAGGUGAGCAGCAGUGGACUCGGCGGCGGCAAGAGUAUCAGCGGAGGUAGUGCCUCAUCCACUGCAUGGAAGAAGCAGAGCAACAGCACCUCAGGAGUGACCAUGGCCUACGUGAACCCCAGUCUGACCGGUCACAAGACGUCCACCACUGUGGACGCCCGUCAGAGGGAGUACCUGCUGGACAUGAUCCCCUCCCGCUCGUCCAUUUCGCAGACUGCAAACACAUGGAAAUAAUUCAUAUUCUCUUCCAUUCUUCGUUAGUUUUGUUCCAAGUUCCACAGCUUCUAUAAAGAGUUCAGCAGCACCCCCUGGUGGACUGUUAAGCAAACUCUCGAGACAAAAAAAAAAUCGGAUAACCUUACUUUUGUUUGUUUUUAGUUUCUUAUUUCUCUUGGUUUCCUUGAGUUUUUGGGGUAUUGUGCAGAAAUAAAUUUGGGGGAGGAAAAAAACCAACAAAACAAACAAAAAAAGUUAAAUAUAUAAAUACUUGAAGGGCUUCUCCCUUGGUAUCUCUGUUUUCCAGACCAGGCUUAAAAUCAUGUUAAGAGGUAAUGACAUCACUGAGUGCGUGCAUUAAGGUUAGUACUCCGCUCUGGGCUCUAAGUCCUUUCUGCCAUGAACACUUGAAUUGUUAUGAUCAAACCCAUUAAUUAACAUUCAGACAACCUUUACUAUUGUAAGCAAAAAAAAAAAACGAGUUGUAAAAUGUUCUGUACACCACCCCUGUAGUUUAAGGUUUGGAGUUAUUUUGUAUUUACUUUAAGUUAUUUUUUGACUGAUGUUAAAAAUCACAUAUUGUGGUUUCCACAAAUGAAGAGUUUAUUCUAGCUUUGUAUUUUGGUUUCCUGUUUUAACAGCAUGCCUACCCUUAACCUCUCAUGUCGCACCUGAGCUGAAGAAGCGUGGUGGUGUUGCGUAAGUCAUUUGUAAUUAUCAUCUGUAAUUUGCUUAUUUUAUAUCAUUGUCACAAUUGUAAUAUAAUUUUGAGUGUACUGUCGUCGCUGAGAUAAUGCAAAUUUUGAAGGAGCUGAAUUUGCCACACUGGAGCCACAGAUCUUGCCUCCAGUUAACUGAACUGUAAUCCAUGCGUUAUCCAGUGCACCUGUCAGCCUGAGUUAGUGGUGGCAUCUGGGCCCAGCUACCGAGACUGAGGAAGACACCAGGUCAUUUUGAUCUUGUCCCUCCUACCAUUUUGCAUCAAUUCUCUGCUUCCUGAUCUUUAAUGCUUUGUAUAACCUUGGUUUAAAAUUUAAUAUGGUUUACUUUUUCCUAGCUCCUUAAGAAAUAAUAAUAAAAAAAAGUCAAUUUUACAAAUAA